AUGACAUCUGAAUCAAACGCUCCAUCAGUGGAACCAACAAUUAUAGGCAAUGCGUUUAUUAUUCAAUACUACAACCGCCUCUAUGAAUCACCCUCGGAUGUUCAUAAAUUCUAUCUCGAGGACAGUGUUCUUGGAAGGCCAGGUCUCGAUGGUGAGAUGGUUUCCGUCGAAUCAUUGAAAGCGAUUAAUGAGCAGAUAAUGUCCUUUGUUCACCAGUACUCGAAGAUUCAGAUUCUGAGUGUUGAUUCCCAACUAUCUUUAAACAAUGGAAUUGUGACACUAGUGGCCGGUGUGAUGAUUGGAGAAGAUGGAGGGAGGAAGAAGUUUACUCAGACUUUCUUCCUUGUGCCACAUAAAGGAAGCUACUUUGUGCGUAACGAUGUCUUUAGGUACAUGUCUAGUGACGUUGUUGAACCACAAGUUACCAUCGAGGUUGUUGAGGAAGUCGUCGCUGAGCCUGUAGAGGCGGUUCAAGCUGAAGCUACGGUGAGUGCCAUAGCAAACGGACAUGGGAAUGUCCAGAAUGAGGAAGUUGUGAAUGGAGACAGUAAUGUACAUAAAGAUGCUGAAGCUAAACCUCAAGAGGACGCUCCAAAGAGAUCCUUUGCGGCAGUAAUUGCGGCUCAAAAUGGUAAAGCUUUACCUGCAAAACCAAAACCUGUCCAAAAGCCGAGAGCUGAUCCUAAACCUAAAGCUCCUGCCACUGAAGCUCCUGCUCCAGUUCCUGCUGAAACCAAAAGCAUUGAACAACCACGUCAGGGGAGUAGCAUAUUUGUGGGAAACUUGCCAAUGGACGCGACUCCGGAGGAACUAUAUGACACAUUCAAAGGUUUUGGAGCUAUUAGAAACCGUGGUAUCCAAGUCAGAAGUUACAUGGAACAACGAAACUGUAUUGGGUUUGUGUGGUUUGAAUCUAGUGAAGCAAUAAAGAGUGUCUUCCAGGCUCAUAAGGAAUGUCCAAUCUACAUCGGAAACAGAAGAGCAUCUAUAGAAGAAAGUAGAGGCAACACGAAUCAAAACGGUGCAAGAAGCAACGGUUACAAUAGGAAUGAGAAUGGUCAGAGAAACGACGGGCACAGACAACCUCGCGGCAACGGUGUCAGAGGAGGACGAAGCAAUGGGACAAACGGUGCUGAGAGACAGAACGGUGCGGCUAAAGCUUAUCAGAAGAAUGGCCAUGGCAAUGCUCAGACCAAAAGCUAG